AUGGCUCCUCAAUCGGCCACCGCCCAGAAACAGGGCAACGAUGCCUGCCGCUGGAUGGUGAUCCUUGGAAUUGGGCUGUUGGCGUUGAUCUUGUUGUCCGUGAAAUACGGCUCUCAAGUUGGCGAUGAUCUAUCGUAUUCCGAUCCUCGUGCUCCUCCAAAAAUUGAUCCGAGCUCGAAAGACAGCCUGUGCACGACAAAGGGAUGCACUGAAGCGGCUAGCCUAAUUAUCCAAAACAUGAACCCGGCCAUCGAUCCGUGCGAGGAUUUCCACGAGUACGCUUGCGGGAAGUAUAACGAGGUGAACCCGAGCUUCACCGAGUUGGUCGUCCACACGGCCCUCUAUAGCUAUGAAUACAACUCCCGAGACAAAGGCUCGGAGAACGGGCUGAUCGGGAUUCGGGCUUCUGUGGCGGGAACUUAUAAGAUC